AUGGGCAAACAACUCAAGGUAUCAAUAAUCGGCUCGGGCAAUUGGGGAUCCGCCAUUGCACGUGUCAUAGGGCAAAAUGUACAACAACAUUCGGAUUUAUUUGAUCCCACUGUGCGUAUGUGGGUCUUUCAAGAGCAAAUUGAAGGCCGUAAUUUGACGGAUAUCAUCAAUGAGCAACAUGAGAACGUAAAGUAUUUACCAGGGAUCAAGCUCUCAUCCAAUAUCGUGGCCGAACCUGAUGUCAAAAAGGCAGCUGAAGGAGCCAACAUCCUUGUCUUUGUCUUACCCCACCAGUUUGUGUACCAAACAUGUGGAUCACUGAAGGAGGUGAUUGAUGCAGACUGUCGGGGCAUUACAUUGAUCAAGGGUCUUGAUUUUCGAGAUGAGAACAUUAUGCUCUUUUCUGAUGAGAUUAGCAAGUUGCUUGGUAUCGAAUGCGCUGCAUUGAGUGGUGCCAAUAUUGCAACCGAGGUGGCUGAAGAAAAGUAUGGAGAAGCAACCAUUGGAACAAAGUACCCAGACACAGAUGGUGCCGUGUUCAAGAAACUCUUCCAUACCCCUUACUUUAACAUAUCAGUCAUCGAGGAUUACACAGGUUUGCAAAUCUGUGGUGCGCUCAAGAACGUGGUGGCCAUUGCUGCAGGUGUAUGCGAUGGCUUAAAGUAUGGCAACAAUACAAGAGCAGCUGUGAUUCGACGUGGCCUUUUGGAAAUGCGAAAGUUUGGCAAGACCUUCUUUGGUGGUGUGCGUACAGAGACUUUCUUUCAAUCUUGUGGCGUGGCUGAUUUGAUCACUACGUGUUCUGGAGGUCGUAAUCGUCGCGUUGCUGAAGCCUUCAUUCACUCGGAUAAGUCCAUUGAAGAAAUAGAAAAAGAGCUUCUUAAUGGUCAAAAGCUACAAGGUACUACCACGGCACUUGAAGUACAUCGAUUCUUGGUCACACGUAACAUGACAGAAGAAUUUCCAUUGAUGACAGCGGUUUAUCGCGUUAUUUAUGAAAGAGCACCACCUGAAUGCAUUGUUGAGUACCUCACUUAUUAA